AUGUCCUCGAUUGGUGUGCCGCCACGCCGUAAACAAUGGGCUCCCAGAGUCCGUACAGGGUGCCACACCUGCCGUCUUCGCCGUAUCAAGUGUGACGAGACGCAGCCGGUUUGCAAAAGGUGUCUUGCCGGUGGACGCGAUUGUCAGUACUCGCUCGUAUGGCGGCCGCCCAAUGGUGACGAGUCUGGGACGCAGGCGCGAUCAAAUGCUAUACGUUACUACACAACUGUCGUUUAUCCUCAGGCCGUCAGAACACUUGCCAGUAAUACGUACAAACAAACGAUGGACCCGCGUCUGCAUAUAUCGAAUCAAACAUCGCCACCCGCCUUCAUCAUGCUUCAGAUGUCGCACCGCAUAUCGACCCUUUGCCAACAAAAUUCUGCAUUAACGCGACAGCAUGCAGUGCCAGACAUGGCAAUCCUCUGGCGCACUUUUUAUGUCUACAUGGGCCAGUCUAUAACACUCUUGAACCACUACAUCACCAAUCGUAGUCCCAUUGCGUUGACACUCUUUCGAGUAAUAGACUUCAUUUGUGCAGGGCUCGUCAUAGCCGAAUUGCCCUGGCGAACUCACACUCGUGGCUUUUUGACUCUUGUACAGCACCACGGUAGCGUCCAGGCCGUUUUGAAUUCAUCCGACCUGCCUGACAUCUUGCCGGCUCUGCAAUUUGUACUCCUGACCGCCACCAUGGCCAAUACAACCAGCCCAUCAACAGACCAGAUCUCUCAACUAUAUGACUGGACAGACGGGCAGUGCCUUUCCGUUUUCGCUUUCUCAUUUUCUGGGUUGAAACAUAUACAAUACCCCCACCCGAAGUUUCCGCUCUAUAUGCCCGGGCAUUCAAGCUCGCGACGAUACUUUACGCUUUACUUUCUCUCCCUGCGACGCUGUCCCAGCCCUUUGCGCAGCAGGUAG